GAAGCAUCGGCUCUCUGUGUCGCUACUCAAGUCCGGGGCCCAUCCUCGGGCACUAAAGCCGUCAUGAAGAUCAAAAUCCAGAUUUCCGAAUGGCCAGAAGGCACUACCCACUAUGAGGAUUGUCCGACCAUAACCGACGAAAUGGUCAAUGAGGUCAAAGUCAUGCAAAUACUGACAGAGGGGAACUGCAGCUGUACUCCUCAUCUCAUUGACUUUAAUUUGACCAGUCAAAUGGAAGACCAUUUCGUGCCUGGUGGUUAUGUUCUUGUUCUUCUGAUGGAGAAAGUUCCCGGAUGCAACCUUCGGGAUUUUGGGGAAUUUCCCUUGGAGAAGCGCAAUCGGGUGAGAAUAGCUUUUUCCAAGGCAGUACGGUAAGAUUCCUCCGAUCACCGUUGCUUUUGAAUGCCACUGAUAUCGUACACAGCGAAUUUUACCAAUUUGGGAUGCACCAACGGGAUAG